AUGAUGAAAGAUUGCAUUGACUAUUCCAAGGGAUGUGAGGCUUGUCAAAGGCACGGCCCAAUCCAGCAGGCUCUUUCAGUUUCCAUGAAUCCAGUAGUAAAACCAUGGCCUUUUAGAGGAUGGGCAAUGGAUCUCAUUGGCAAAAUCUAUCCAGCGAGUAGUAAGCAGCAUUGUUUUAUCAUUGUAGCUACAGACUAUUUCACCAAGUGGGUGGAAGCCAAGCCUGUUAAAUCCACUACAUCCCAAGAGAUCAUCACCUUCAUAGAAGAAGGAUCUUCUUUCAUAUCUGGAGAAAUGUUGGAUAUGGCAGAGGCAUUCAAAUUUAAGCUACUCCAGUCCACCCCUUACUAUGCUCAAGCUAAUGGACAGGCAGAAUCCAGUAACAAGGUUAAGACAGCAAGGGGAUGGCAUUUGAUACCAUUCAUGCAUGUUGAGGGCUGA